AUGCCCGCCUGGGAGGUCGAGGUCCGUCCGGGCGAGCAUCUCGUUCUCAACGGCACGGCGCACGAAGUCCGGCGGCAGCUGCUCGAGCUUAAUCCGGACUGGAAGCCCCUCGCCGCCCCCGCCACCAUCGAGACGAAGCGCGACGUCGAGGGGACCACUACAUUUCCCCCGAGUACAAAGGUCAAAUGCGGCGAGUACCGCCGACCGGGAAGCAAAUACUUUGCCAAAGUGCUCAAGGACGCGGCGCAACAUCUGUUCUGGAAAUACGGGGACAUCAAGAAGACCGUUCAGCCGGGGACCUGCCUUCCCGUCGGGUGCGAAUAUGACACGGGCAUCUGGUGGUGCAACGAUGAUAAAAAGGAGAAGACACUGCAUGGCUACACCGGGAUCACGGACGGUUUGAAGAAGAUGUGGUAUGAGCACCUGUGUUGGACGGACAGGUCAGGGCGGCUGCUGCAUCCAGACGGCUGGAGCCUCGUUGUGACCGGCACAAAGGUCAAUAGGCCGUGCUGA